GUCCGACGCAGCUCCACUGCCCGAAGGCUGCUCAAUCCCGUGUGCAGAAUCAAUCAAGAAACCCGCACUACCAGCACUUCCAGCAACAUGUGCUCCUGCUGUUAUCAAACCGCCCCCCAUUCCUGGUGCGCCUUGUGUCUCUGCACCCAUCGCUGCUCCCCCUGCUGCUCCUCCAGUGGCACCUGUUGUAGGAGUCCCUAAUAUCGUACCGCCAAGCCCGGGUGUUCCUUGCGCACCAGCACCAAUUGCAGCGCCAGCCGUCAAUAUUCCGGCUCAACCAAGACCUCCGGCCCCAAUUGCGCCCCCAAUAGAAAAUUUUACUCCUCCCGUAGCACCACCAGCUCCGGCCAUGAUCAAACCGCCCAUUGCUAAUAUUGAAGCACCUGUUGCUCCAGUCGCUCAAAGACCACCGGCUCCGAUUGUUCAACCCAUCGUUGCACCAGCAGUUGCGCCAGCAGUACCCGCAGCAAAACCAUGUCCCAUAUCGCCGGCCAAACCCUGCACAUGUCCAGUCACUCCCGCGGUUGCAGCACCAUCACUUCCAUCACCUCCAUCUUGUAAUGGACUUUCUAACAUUGGCGCAGGAAUUGGAGUCGGGGGACUUUGCGGUGAUUGUGGCGGAUUUCGUGGACUAGGUGGACUAGGUGGGCUCGGGCUCGGUGACAUUGUUUAA